AAAGACUCCAUUGCGUCACUUUAGUUGGACCUAAGUAAAAUGAGCUGCAUCGCAAAAAGAUAAAAAAUAUAUAUCCUGAACUGUCACAGUACCUUUAUUUUCCCAGCAGGAUCAUAGUGUACAGUUUUACUUUUACGAAACCGGAAGUUGUCAAAUAUUCCACAUGUUUGUGCAAAUUAUCAGAUCAGUUUGAUUUUUUAAUUGUUCGUCAAUAAAAUCAUGACUAGAAAGAAGAAGCAAUCGGCACGGAAUUCAAGACCAAAGCGUUCAAAGGAAGAAUGGGAGGCAAUGAAGAAAGAGAACCCAGAGCUGGCAGGGAAAGGCUAUGUGUUGGCACUGAAGAAAAAUGAAAUGUUUGAAAGAUAUUACAGUGGUAUAGGUAUUGUUCCAGAUGGGGAAUGGGAUGCCUUUAUGGGAGCAAUGAGGGAACCGUUACCAACAACCUUUCGUGUAACUGGCUCACGCAACCAAGCAGAACAGAUUUUAAAGAUCCUGAGGGGCCAGUACUUCAACAAACUUGUCUCAGCAGGGGGAAGCACUGCCAGGGUUGAGCCUAAGUCAUUGCCAUGGUACCCAAAUGGCCUUGCUUGGCAACUGGAUAUCACAAAGAAACAGAUCAAGAAUGACAGCACUAUGAAAAGCCUUCAUGGGUUUCUCAUCUCAGAGACAGAGAGUGGUAACAUCAGUCGUCAGGAAGCUGUGAGCAUGAUUCCACCUCUAGUCAUGGAUAUUAAGCCACAUCAUAAGAUACUGGACAUGUGUGCUGCACCUGGUUCUAAGACAGCCCAGCUUAUUGAGAUGCUUCACAGUGAUGACAAUGUACCAGUUCCUGAUGGAUAUGUAGUGGCUAAUGAUGCCGACAACAAGAGAUGCUACCUGAUGACUCAUCAAGUGAAAAGACUGCAGAGCCCAAACUGUAUGAUUAUCAAUCACGAUGCUCGAAUUCUUCCCAACAUGUUUACUUCCAAAUCAGAGGAUGCAGAAGUCAUCAAGUAUGACAGAAUACUGUGUGAUGUUCCUUGCAGUGGUGAUGGGACUGUGAGAAAGAAUCCAGACAUUUGGAGCAAGUGGCACAUAAACGGUGGAUAUAAUCUUCACAGAAUACAGAAGAAGAUCUUACAACGUGGGCUUGAGCUGUUGGCAGUGGGAGGUAGACUGGUGUAUUCGACAUGCUCUCUUAACCCCAUAGAAGACGAGGCCGUCAUCUUGACCCUCAUCAAGCAAUGUGCUGGUGCAGUUGAACUUGUUGAUGUGAGCGACAAAUUGAAUGGCCUCAAAUACUGCAAGGGCACUUAUAGUUGGAAGUGUAUGAGCAAGAGUGGUGUUUGGUACGAGAGUGAGGAGCUGGCUGCUAAACAGUUUGUGAACUCCUGGGAUACAACAAUCUUCCCCCCAAUCAUUACAGAGGCACAGGACGCCAAACUCGAGAGAUGUAUCCGAGUGCUUCCCCACCAUCAGAACACAGGGGCAUUUUUCAUAGCUGUUCUAGAGAAGAAGAGUGAAUUACCCUGGGUCUCAGCUAGGUCAAGCAGAAAGGCAGACCCUUUAAUAAACAAGGAAGGUAGCAAAGAUGAAAGUGAGAAAAAGUUGCCAGGUGCGGAGCAUAUAAUAUUUUCUGUGAGGGGCAGGAAAGGAGGAUUCCACUUUGCCAAGUGUAAGCUGUGCAAUACCCUACUGCAGGGCAAAAAUGACUACAACAGUCACAGACAUGGGAGGAAACACAAGAUGAAUGUGGAGAACUUUGAGGCAUCAAAGAAUGAGAAAGACACAGAUGGAAAUAGUACCACAGAAAAAAGUGAAACAAGUCAAAUUGAUGGUGCCAUAAUUGAGAUGAACCAAAAUGGAGCUGAACAUGAAAGUAAUUUACCAGCAGGGGAGGCCAAAAUAACCGCAAGUGAGUCAGAUUUACCAAAAGGUGAAUCAGAUUUACCAAAAAGUGAAUCAGAUUUAACAAAAAAUGAAUCUGAUUUACCAAAAAGUAAAUCAGAUUUACCAAAAAGUGAAUCAGAUUUGAUAAAAAGCAAAUCAGACCUACCACAAAGUGACUCAGACGUAAACAAAAGUGAAAGUGUGGGAGCAAAAGGGGAUCAUGCCGAAAAGAGAAAUGAAAGGGAAAACAGUGGGUCAGAACCUCCUCCUGCUAAAAAGAUGAAAACUGCGGAUGACAGUGAUGAUGAUGUUGAUGAAAUUCCAGUGGUUAUUCACGGACAUAGGGAGGACCCAUUCAUUUUCUGUUCUAAGGACGAUCCAAUAUGGCCAGCUAUCAAGGAGUUUUAUGACUUAGAAGAUGGAUUUGGUGUGGAACAGAUCAUGUACAGAAACAUGAAACGGAGUUUGUACUAUGUCUCCAAGAUGGUUCGAAGUGUUGUCAUCAACAACGAUGAUAGGGUCAAGUUCAUCAAUCUUGGAGUCAGGGUUUUUUCCAACGCCCCCUCUCCUCUGGUCCCCAGCUGUGACUUCAGACUCUCACAGGAGGGCCUUUUGUCAAUAGCGAAGUUUGUCCAGGGCCGACGUUUGACCUGCACCAGACAAGACAUGAUCACGAUUCUGAGCUCAGAGAACCCCUUCAUCUGUAAACUAAGCCCACUGGCUCAGGAGGUGGCACACACCAUGGAUCCUGGAAGUGCAGUGUUUCAUUUUACUCCGACUGAAAGUGACCCAGAGCCAAAUGUUGACAUAAUAUUCUGUGGAUGGCGAGGGAAGACCUCCGUACGCUCGUUUGUGGACAAAGACCUAAGGUCCCACUACCUGAGAAUGUGUGGCGUAGAGUUGGCAGAGCUGCAGGCCAAAGUGAAGCAGUUCAAAGAGACUAAAUCCAUGUCUGAGUCUAGCCCAGCUAGCCCACAUGGGAGUGCGGCGGGCAGGGAAACUCCGCUGGGCAUCCCCUCAGGAGAUGAGGCUGAGGUUACCCAGUGGAACCAAGGGCAGGAAGACCAGCGAUGUACAGAGGCAGAUGAAAUGGAAGAGGAUUCAGAAUCUACUCCACCCGAGUUGGAAAAAGUUUCCAUGGAAACGAUGGACACUGGGAAAGAAGGGGAAGCCAAAAACUGAGACAUGGAGGGAAAAAUGUAUUUUUAAUACAUUUGCUUUGGUGUGCUGGAAAUGCAGCGAUGCAAUCUAUAAGGUUGCAUACUACCUAACAAUGAUAUCAAGAAGCGAUUUCAUUCUGUAAUUGCAUUUUAUAAGCCUGUUUAUAAAACAGGAUGUGUAAUAAUUUUACCUGCAUCGGGCUGGUGACAUCUAGUAUGUUGUCAUCUCAAUAACUGAAGAAGCCUUUGUCCAAUCAUCAGCAAAUUUGGUCAGAAUGUGUAUUGGUAUAAUAUCUCAGACAAGUUUAAUAACCAGCCAGAUCCCUCUUGUCACUCGAGAGUUAUCAUACUUUAAUUAUAUAAAUUGCCGCAAAUUGGUCUUGUCUGAUCAAUAACAUUUUAAGCUUUUGUCCAAUCAUCACCAAAUUUGGUCAGAAUAUGUAUAAACAUAGUAUCUCAAACAAGUUUGAUAACCAGCCAUAUUGCUUGAAUCAUUCAAAAGUUAGCAUCCUUUAUUUUUAGAAAUUACCUUUAAUUGGUCUUGUCUGAUUAAUGACUAUAGGAGCCUUUGCCCAAUCAUCACCAAUUUUGGUCAGAAUGUGUAUGGGCGUCAUAUCUUGGUCAAGUUCAAUAUCCAGCCAUAUUGUUUGAGAAAUUAGAAAGUUGAGGCCCUCCAAUUAUAGAAAUCCCUAAAAUCAGUCUUGUGUGAUCAAUAAAUUAAGAUCCUUCCUCUAAUCAUCAUACAAUUUGGUCAGAAUGAGUAUUGGUAGAAUGUCUUGGUCAAGUUUGAUAACCAGCCAUUUCACCUCAGUUACUCCAGAGUUAUGACCCUUGCAUGACAAAAUCUGUAUUUACAGUGUCCUAAAAUAAGGAUGGCAUAUUUUAUGACACAUAGAACUCUUGUUAAAAAAAUAAAAUUUUGUAGAUGUGAAAAAUAUGGCCUAAUGAAACACUAGGCUUACAGAAAAGUAUGAAGUACUUACCACAACUCAAGUUGAUAACACUGUGUUGAUGAAAUAUGUCUAACUUGCUGUUCUCAUGAUUUAAAUAAAAAACAACAUCA